AUGGCACUGUGGGUCGACAAAUAUCGCCCGAAGGAACUUAUAGGAAAGGAUGGCGUGGACUUUCAUCUUGAGCAAGCCAAUCAUCUCAAGUUUCUUUCUGGCGAUUGUAUGCCACAUCUACUGUUCUGUGGCCCAAGUGGAGCUGGCAAAAAGACACGUAUUAAGUGUCUUCUCAGAGAACUCUAUGGAGUCGGAGUCGACAAAACACAACUCAUUAUGAAGCCGUUCACUACUCCUUCCAAUAGAAAACUGGAAAUUCAAACAGUUUCCAGUAAUUAUCACGUUGAGAUGACACCAUCAGAUGUUGGAAUUUAUGAUCGAGUCGUUGUGCAGGAUCUUGUCAAGGAAAUGGCUCAAACUUCCCAGAUUGAAGCUUCAUCGCAAAAAUCGUUCAAAGUAGUUGUUCUGUGUGAAGCUGAUUCUCUCACUCGUGAUGCACAACAUGGUCUUCGUCGAACAAUGGAAAAGUAUGCAAACAACUGUAAAAUUAUUUUGUGCUGUGAAUCGCUUUCCCGUAUUAUCGAGCCGCUUCAAUCUCGUUGCAUUAUCAUAAAUGUGCCAGCACCCACUGAUGAAGAAAUGACAAGCGUUUUGAUGAAAGUUAUUCAGAAGGAAAAACUGGAAAUGCCGCUGAACAUUCUGCAGAAAAUUGUGGAAAAGUCGGAAGGAAAUCUUCGGCGAGCGAUUCUGAUGACUGAGGCUAUAAAAAUGGAAAAUGAGAAUGGAAUUUCAACAAACGCGCAAAUUCCAGUUCCUGAAUGGGAAAUUUACCUUCAAGAAACUGCUCGCCUUAUUCUUCAAAAGCAAACCUCUGAAGUACUGCUGAAAGUAAGAGAGAGGCUUUACGAAGUUUUAUCCAGACUCAUUCCACCUAAUAUCAUUCUCAAGAAACUACUCGAGCACCUGCUUCCCAGUUGUCCGAAUUCCAUUGUCCGCGAAGUUGUCAGCGAAGCUGCGUGCUCUGAGCACCGUCUUGUAAUGGGCCAAAAAGCGAUUUACCAUCUCGAAAAAUUUGUUUCAUCCUUUAUGGAUAUUUACCUUACUAAUGCGUCUAAACUGAAGUGA